AUGCUGGCCGUCACCCCUUGCAGCCCGUUCCCCCUUUCCCCAAUCACUCCCCCAAAUUCCAAAGCGUCCCUCACCCCCCCCCCCCCCUCUCCUCCUCCCUCCCCCUCUCCCCUCUCCCUCCCCCCCCCCCCCCCCACUCCCCCCACAUUCCCCCCGAGCCUGACCCCGCUCCCGAUACCAACCUAUCCUCCACCCCUGCUUUCCCCAUCCCAACCGCUCAAUGCAUUUCCUCCUCACUGGCCCGAUACCAUCGGCUAUUGGCAACCUUCCCAAACUAACCUACUUGGCACUUUGUUACAACAGCCUAAGUGA